GGGAGGGGGAGCGCUGCGUCAUUUCCGGGUGUGGCAGCUGUGGUGGAUGUUGACAGUCCGGUGUUGGAGUCGCUCCGCCUUUCUCUUCCCGCUCCAAUCUUGGCGGCGCUGACCGGUAUCUCCUUCUCCUGCGUGACAGUUACCACGUUAACUUUUCCCGGGCACGUCAGUCCGGUGAGUGCCUCUCUGCCAGCCGGAGCUGAGAGAUGUUGAGGUGGUUGCUGGGAGGAAGAGACGUGCAGGAGCCAGUGGAGAAGUCUCUGGUCCUCUGCAUAGGUGAUGAACAGCUACAGAAUCCCUAUACAGAACUACAGGUACUAAAAGGCCACAGUGAUAUUGUUCGCUUCAUGGCAUGGAUUGAUGAUCUCAGGUUUGCUUCAGCAGGGGAUGAUGGUGUCGUGUUUGUGUGGAAUGUCCAGACUGGAGAAAGAGUUCAUGAACUUCGAGGCCAUUCUAGACCAAUCACAGCAAUUGCUGUCUUUCCAUCAAUCCACCAUUUACCGCCAGAAAAUCGCCAACUUCUAACGGCCUCUUCUGAUAAGACUGUCAUUAUUUGGGAUUUACACACUGGCAGCCAAAUCUAUUCAUUGAUGGAUUUUCAGUCCUCUGUUAAGUGUCUGAUGAUUAUCGAAAGACUUGACGUGUGGUUGUCUGGAGCAGAUAAAGUAUGCACUUGGAACUGUCAAGCAGAAUUGCUCUGUAAAACAGCUUGCUUUAAAGAUGCAGAUGUAAGCUCGAUGAUAGAACUACCAAAAAACAGCAUUGCUACAGCGGUCAGGAAGGAUAUAGUUAUUUUCAAGUUGACGCCAUUGUCAUCAGAAUCUCAGACUUGGGAAAUUAUUGAGAUGAGAAGACUAUCAAACCAUGAAGAUGAUAUCAGGGCACUAAUCAGUGUAAAUGAUAAUACAUUUGCAACUGGAUCCCACGUGGGUGAGUUAAUAAUUUGGGACAGCCUGGAUUGGUCAGUUCGAGCAUCUGAAUCUCAGUUCUGGAAUUCUGCCCAACAGUCUGAUAAACCAGCUGAAAUAAAAAUAUCAUUAACCCCAAACCAGCAUGAAACCUGCAUCCAUCAUCUGUCUUCAGAUAGAGAGAAUGUUUUUGCUGCCAUUGGAACUGGAAUUUAUGUGUAUAAUCUUCAAACAAAAACAGUGAUCGCGUACCAGCAAGUGGCACAUGAUUCACGUGUGUUGCACAUUGCAAAGUUACCAAACAACCAAUUGGUAUCCUGCUCUGAGGAUGGCAGCGUUCGCCUCUGGAAAUUGCAGGAGCUGCCACCAGCUGAGCCGGCCACAUCAGGUUACUGUACUUCUUAUGUUAUAUGCAUUGGUCGAUUUAAAGUACAAGUUCUGCUAUAA